GGCCUCCCGGGUAGGUGUCCUUGCUGGUUAGGGCCACGUCGCAGACCAUGGUGAUUUCAGACUCUGCUGAUAUACUCUUCAGAAUUCGAGGAGGUCUUGAUCUAGCUUUUCAGCUAGCUACUCCUAACGAAAUUUUUACCAAGAAAGCACUCAAGCAUGUGUUAAGUGACUUGUCAGCCAAGCUUUCUUCAAAUGCUCUUGUGUUCAGAAUUUGCCAUAGUUCCGUGUAUAUCUGGCCUAACAGUGACCUGAGCACCAACCCUGGAGAACUGACUGAUGGCUCUGCUUGUAAGAACAUUAUGCGCUUGAUUCAAUUUGAACAGGAAGAAGAUACAAAACGAAAAUUCAUGAGAAAGAAAGACAAAAAGCUGUCAGACAUGCAUCAGAUAGUCAACAUAGAUCUUAUGCUGGAAAUGUCAACCUCUCUGGCAGCCAUGACGCCCAUCAUUGAAAGAGAAAGUGGAGAGCACCACUAUGUCAGUAUGACUUUGCCUGUCGACGCAGUUAUAGCUGUUGCACCUGAAGAAACCUGGGGAAAAGUUCGGAAACUUCUAGUUGAUGCAAUUCAUAAUCAACUAACUGAUAUGGAAAAGUGUAUUUUGAAAUAUAUGAAAGGAACAUCUAUUGUGGUCCCUGAACCAUUGCACUUUUUAUUACCUGGGAGAAAAAAUCUUGUAACAAUUUCGUAUCCGUCAGGAAUUCCAGAUGGUCAGCUGCAGGCCUACAGAAAGGAGUUACAUGAUCUCUUCGAUCUGCCUCAUAACAGACCAUAUUUUAAAAGGUCCAAUGCUUAUCACUUUCCAGAUGAACCAUACAAAGAUGGAUACCUUAGAAAUCCACAUACUUACCUCAAUCCACCUAACAUAGAGACUGGUGUGGUUCACGUAGUCCAGGGCAUCUAUGGUUACCAUCAUUACAUGCAAGAUCGGAUAGAUGACAAUGGCUGGGGCUGUGCCUAUCGGUCUCUGCAGACCAUCUGCUCCUGGUUCAAACAUCAGGGCUACACGGAGAGAGCCAUUCCCACGCACAGGGAAAUUCAGCAGGCUCUAGUGGAUGCUGGGGACAAACCCGCAACAUUUGUCGGAUCACGCCAAUGGAUCGGAUCUAUUGAAGUACAGCUGGUACUAAACCAGUUGAUUGGCGUUACCUCAAAAAUAUUGUUUGUCAGCCAAGGUUCUGAAAUGGCCUCUCAGGGACGGGAACUGGCUAAUCACUUCCAGAAUGAAGGAACUCCUGUGAUGAUUGGAGGAGGAGUUUUGGCCCAUACAAUACUGGGAGUUGCAUGGAAUGAGAUCACGGGGCAAAUAAAGUAUCUGAUUCUAGAUCCACAUUAUACAGGUGCCGAAGACCUACAGGUCAUCUUGGAAAAGGGUUGGUGUGGAUGGAAAGGCCCAGAGUUUUGGAACAAAGACGCCUACUAUAACUUAUGCCUUCCUCAGCGGCCAAAUGUUAUUUAGCACAUCUUGAACACAAAGACUCUAGUAAAAUUGUAUUAUAAAAUUUAUUAAUAAAGAAUAAGCUUAAUUUCAAAGUAAAUCUGGAGGGUAGUUUAA